AUGGUUUCUCUGGGCAGUCCAAAGUCUGUAUUUGCCGUUGUUCUCAAGCUUUCUACUUUCGGAUCACAUAUUAAAUUGAGCCAUCGUAAGCUCAUCGCUAUAUAUUCAUCAAAGAUUCACGAAGACUUUCCAUUGGUGCUUAAUGCUGAUGAAGUGAAGAGUGUGACGAUGUUGAAUACAAAAGUUUUUACUAGUGAUGGCUUUACUCACCUACAGUCCAAAACCAGUGAAUGGUUAAAGAAAAACUCUCCACUGAAACUCGGAUGUUUAGGACUUGGGAGUUUGUUCUGGAGUCUCGACAAAGGAUCCGACCCACACCGAGUCCGACCAAUCCCCAAACUGAAUCUAGCUAUUGGGCUCUUAAUAGUUACAAUAUGUGGGCCUUGCUCAGUUCGCCCUACUUCUCUCUCAGGCCCGAGAAUCGAGGAGCCGACAAACAUCAUCUUUCUCGACGCCGGUGAGGUCUCUUGCCGCCGGCGUCGGGUCCUCUGCUCUGCCUCCUGUUACUCAUCGUCUUUAGCUCGUUCACCACCAUAUUUGACUUGUUUCCGCCGAUUGUGUCUUUGUUUCGGAGUCUGGGAUUCCAGAUCUGUGACCUUCUGGGGGCUUCCCCACUUAUUCAUCAUGACGGUCAGCUUCAGUCACCUCCAAACCUCUAGAUCUACGCCUCUUCCACAGUGUCGUCCGCCAUCUCCGCCAUUUCUAUACUCUCAGACCUCUCCCUCCAGAUACAGCUCGACAAACGCAGAUGGUGACGGUCCUCUCCGGGAUUCUGAGGAGAUCUUCUGUGCCGCGUCUCUGCUCUGUCGGUUUGUAGGACCCAUCUUCUCCGGUGAUCCAAGUUCGCCGCUCCCUGUGCACCGUCCCUCUCUAGACAGCUGCGUAUCCAUUGCCGCUGCCGGAGUUUCCAUCUCUGAAGUCUUUAUCCUCUCUUUUCCUUCACUGAAUCAAUUAUCUUGGGUUGGGUCAAGGAUGAUUACUACAUGGGCCUGGACUGCAAAGCUCCAUUGUUGGGAUAGUCCACACACCAACUACACAAAACAAGGAGAUACGGAUUUCUGGUGGGUUCACUAG